GGAACGGGUUAAAAUUGUGUGGGUCCAGACAGAACCAGCACCUGUACCGCCCCCGCCAUUCGUAGUCUCUAUACAUCUCUCUCUCUCCUAAAAACAUCUUUCUUAUCUCUGGAAAGAAAAAGAAAAAGAAAAAGAAAAAAAGAAACCACACCAUAAGUCCAUAAUCAUAUACAUGUAGCAGAAAUCCCAUCAAUUUCUGAGUCCACAGAAUUCAGCUAUUUUCCUUAGCUCAAAAGAUAAAAGAAAAGAAAAAAAAAAAUGAAGAGAGACCAAACGAUGCCGUAUGAGCAACUGGAAGAUUCAUUUUCAGGUGGUUGUAGCUCCGCCGCGGGUGGCGGCGGUUGUUCCGGAAAAGGAAAGAUGUGGGAGGAAGAUGGAGGAGUUGAUGAUGAGCUGCUUGCUGUUUUGGGUUACAAAGUGAAGGCAUCAGACAUGGCUGAAGUAGCUCAGAAACUUGAACAACUUGAGGAAGUUAUGGGUAGUGUUGAACAAGAAAAUCUUUCAUUUCUUGCUUCUGAAACUGUUCAUUAUAACCCCUCAGAUCUCUCAUCUUGGCUUGAAUCUAUGAUCUCUGAGCUCAAUCCACCAGAGCCUUUUUCCAAUUCAUCUUCCUCCUUCACAACAAAUCAAGUUUAUGAGGAUUCCUCCUCCUUCGAUUCAGAUCUAACAGCUAUUCCAGGUAAAGCCGUUUUUCCCCAAAUGGAAAAUCCAGCUCAUGAACUGCAGGUGCAGCAGCCACAGAGCAAACGAUUCAAACCCACUACAACAACAGAGUUAUCGCCUUCGUCCUCUUCAAGCAUCUCCGUGGGGGGUGGUAUGUGGAGAAGUUUUCAGAGCGAGUCAGUUUCCACACGGCCGGUGGUGAUUGUUGACUCGCAAGACAACGGCGUUCGGCUCGUCCAUACAUUAAUGGCAUGUGCAGAAGCAAUUCAACAGGAGAAGAUGAAAUUAGCUGAAGCUCUAUUGAAGCAAAUUGGAUUCUUAGCUGUGUCACAAGCUGGGGCGAUGCGAAAAGUCGCGACGUAUUUUGCUGAAGCUCUGGCAAGGAAAGUUUACAGAUUGUACCCUUCAAACCCUAAUGAUCCUGCCUUCACCGACCUUCUACAGAUGCACUUUUACGAGACUUGCCCUUACCUUAAAUUCGCGCAUUUCACUGCAAAUCAAGCCAUUCUUGAAGCUUUUGCAAACAAGAACAAAGUCCAUGUGAUUGAUUUCAGUAUGAAACAAGGUAUGCAAUGGCCUGCUCUGUUACAAGCCUUAGCGUUAAGGCCAGGUGGUGCACCGACUUUCAGAUUAACUGGAAUUGGUCCGCCAUCACAAGAUAACACAGACCAUUUGCAACAAGUUGGUUGGAAAUUAGCUCAAUUGGCAGAAUCAAUCAAUGUUGAAUUCGAAUUUAGGGGCUUUGUUGCCAACACUUUAGCUGAUCUUGAUGCGUCCAUGUUCGAUAUCCGUGAAGGCGAAACUGUUGCAGUGAAUUCCAUGUUCGAAUUGCAUCCGUUGCUAGCUAGGCCUGGAGGCAUAGAGAAGGUGUUGUCAUUUGUAAAGGACUUGAAACCUGAGAUUUUCACUAUCGUCGAGCAAGAAGCUAAUCACAAUGGACCGGUUUUCAUGGACCGGUUCACCGAGUCAUUGCAUUAUUACUCAACCCUUUUUGACUCGUUGGAGGGUUGCGGCGGUGGUGGCGAAUUAGGGCCGGUGAGUGACCAAGAUAAGUUGAUGUCAGAGGUGUAUCUAGGGCGGCAAAUCUGCAAUUUGGUGUCCUGUGAGGGUGUAGACCGAGUUGAGAGGCACGAGACAUUGACUCAGUGGAGAACCCGGUUUAACUCGGCCGGUUUCGAGCCGGUUCAUUUAGGUUCUAAUGCAUUUAAACAAGCUAGUAUGUUACUAGCUCUGUUUGCUGGUGGUGGUGGAUACAGGGUGGAAGAAAAUAAUGGUUGUUUGAUGUUGGGUUGGCAUACAAGGCCCCUAAUUGCUACCUCUGCUUGGAAACUCAGUAGUUAACUCACCGAGUUGCUUAGAUGGUUAACUCGGUUUUGGCCUUUCUUGUUCCUUUUUUUUUCUUUUUUUACAAAUUUUUAGCAACUUUCUUUUAAUCUUCUCUUUUACUAGGUCUUGAGAUCUGUUUUAUUAAAUAUAUUUUGGUUUUUGGUAAUCUUGUAAUUUUCAUGAUGAAUCUAAACUGUUCAAUGUGUAUUUACAUA